AUGCGGACGCCGCCUGGGGCUGCUUCGCUGCUGCUCUUGGUCCUCGUGGUCCGCCCCUGGCGGAGCAGAGGACUGAAGUGCGGAAUUCGUGCAGUUGAUUUGAAAAGUACGGAAACUAUCUUGGAAUCGGAGUUCUUUUCUAGAAUUAGUAGCUGGGGAAAUUCAACAGUUGGUGGACACCCGUGGCAGGUCUCCCUGAAAUUAGGUAGGCACCACUUCUGUGGAGGAAGCUUGAUUCAAGAUGAUCUGGUGGUUACAGCAGCAAACUGCCUGGCUAGCCUCGAUGAGAAGCAAAUUAAGCAUCUGACUGUGACUGCUGGGGAGUAUAACCUCUUUCAGAAGGAUAAGGAGGAACAGAAAAUUCCUGUCUCAGAAAUUAUUAUCCAUCCUAAAUACAACAGACUUGGAUAUAUGAGUUUUGAUAUUGCACUGCUAUAUCUAAAACACAAAGCCAACUUUGGAACUACUGUUCAGCCGAUCUCUAUUCCCCAUAGAGGUGAUAAAUUUGAAGAAGGGAUUUUUUGCAUGGGCAGUGAAUGGGGCAAGAUCUCAGAGACAGCAGAAUAUUCAAAUGUCCUACAGGAAGUGGAACUUCCCAUCAUGGAUGACAGAACAUGUAAAACUAUGCUCAAGGGUAUGAACCUUCCUCCCCUGGGAAGGACCAUGUUGUGUGCCGGUUUUCCUGAUGGGGAAAAGGAUGCCUGCCAGGGGGACUCUGGAGGUCCACUUGUUUGUAGAAGAGGUGAUGGAAGCUGGGUUCUUGCUGGGAUAACUUCCUGGGGAGCUGCUUGUGCUAGAGGUUGGAAUCGUUUCAGAAAUAACCAUAGAAGGGCAUCACUUGGCAUUUUUUCCAAGGUGUUUGAGUUAAUGGAUUUCAUCACUCAGACAAUGACAGACCAUAGAACAGGCGAGCAAGAGCUGAAAGACCAGCUCCUGCAGCAAUCCAGCUUAUGUAUCUGGAAAAUAAUGGUACCAGAAAAUAAAAUUAUCCUAAUAAAAUUUACAAGCUUAGACAUAGAAAAUCAAGUUGAAUGUGACCAUGACUGUGUAUCUUUACAAUCAAGCAGUGGAGUGCUUAUUAGUAAGGUCUGUGGAAAUAUAUUGCCCUCACCAUUGCUGACAGAGACCAAUGAGGCCACAGUUACCUUUGUUUCUGAUACAGACAACCGUGGCAGCAGCUUUGAGCUUACCUUUACUGCUAUACGGAAUAACUCAGAAGCAGGUUCAGGAUGUGGGAGUGGGGCUGUGCUGGUGGUGGAAGGGAUGAUUCACUCUGCCGGCUAUCCUCACCUGUAUCCCAGGAAUGUAGGGUGUCACUGGUUGAUUCAUGCUCCAGAGAAACACAUUAUAAAAUUGACAUUUGAAGACCUUAGAUUUAAGCAAAACUGUACUCAUGCUGUUAUGAUUUAUGGUGAUCCUGAAGAGGAACAUGGGUUGGCCAAGCUUUGUGAAAUCUUGAACGCUACUCGGGUAUUCAGUCCUGGUAAUAUGAUGGUGAUUCAUUUUAAAACUGAUGGUGAAAAGAAUUUCCAACGCUUCAAGGCUAGGUUCAGCGUUUUACCCUCAGGUAGCAAAGUUAAAAUGCAGAUUCCUGGGCCCACCCCCAAAGAUUUUGAUUCUGUAGAUGUGGAAUGGGGCCCUGGAACCUGUGCUUUAGGAAGUACUUCAGAUGAUGCCAAGAAACUAUGUCCACUAGAUGAUCAAAAAAGAUUCCAAGCACCUUAUAUGAAAAACUCUUUAAACAAGAUUGGAUCAACAUCAUCUUCCAAAACCAAUGCUGUAUCUCCUACAAAAGAUAUUCCGUAUGGUGUCUGUGGCAUCCCUCCAUUUAGUCCCCAGUGGCUUUCCAGGAGAAUUGCAGGAGGGGAAGAAGCCUGCCCCCACUGCUGGCCAUGGCAGGUGGGUUUGAGGUUUCUAGGCAAUCACCAGUGUGGAGGUGCCAUCAUCAGCUCUAUUUGGAUUCUGACUGCAGCCCAUUGUGUGCAAUCGAAAAAUAAUCCACUCUUGUGGACCAUUGUUGCUGGAGACCAUGACAGAACCUUGAAGGAACCAACUGAGCAGGUGAGAAGGGCAGAACACAUUGUGGUGCACGAAGACUUUGACAGACUGACCUUUGACUCUGACAUCGCCCUAAUACAGCUGAGCUCUGCUCUGGAGUUCAACUCAGUGGUGAGGCCAGUGUGUCUCCCGCACAGCACGGAGCCUCUGUUUUCCUCUGAGAUCUGUGUUGUGACUGGAUGGGGAAGUGUUAGUGAAGAUGGUGGCCUAGCGAGUCGCUUACAGCAGAUUCAAGUGCUCGUGUUAGAAAGAGAGGUCUGCGAACGCACUUACUAUUCUGCCCAUCCAGGAGGGAUUACAGAGAAGAUGAUCUGUGCUGGCUUUGCAGCAUCUGGAGGGAGAGAUGUGGGUCAGGGAGAUUCUGGUGGGCCAUUAGUAUGUAAACAUGAAAAAGCUCCCUUUGUCCUCUAUGGCAUUGUCAGCUGGGGAGCCAGCUGUCCCCAGCCAAGGAAGCCAGGCGUAUUUGCCAGGGUGAGUGUCUUCUUGGACUGGAUUCAAUCCAGAGUCAAAGGUCCUGUUUUACUUCAGAUAAAUAAAGAAAGCAAAAUCUUAACAAGACAACAAUUGCCACCACCCACACCUUCAAGAGACAGUGCAUCUGGGCCAGACUGUUACUCUGAAGUGGAGCUGGAAGAGCCCAGAGGCUUUUUUUCCUCUCCAAGAUAUCCACUGGAUUAUAGAGGAAAACUGGAAUGUUCUUGGGUGCUCAGAGUUUCACCAAGCAGUAUGGCAAAAUUUACGGUUGAGUAUCUGUCACUCCCCGGGUCUCAUGUGUGUCGCGAUUCAGUUCUGACUAUUUAUGAAGAAAACCACAAUGAGAGAAGGAUGUCAGGUGAAUUAUGUGGGAGAAGGCUUUACCCAAUGAUUUUCAUGAGCUCUGGACCACUGGUGAGGGUGACAUUUCAUUCCCGUGUGCAAGGUGCUUUUGGCAUAAAUUAUAUUGUUUUUAGAGUCCAAGGUCCAAAGAGCAGUAAAACUACCAAAUUUCUUCAGAGUUCAAACCAAGAGCAUGUGACCACUUGUGACGAUGUUAUUCUUACCAAACCAACAGGAAUCAUACAAAUCCCAAGAUAUUUUCACAGAACCACUAUGAGCUGCCACUGGAGAUUAUUGGCCCCUUCAAAUCACAUCAUUCGCCUUGAUACUGUCAACUUCCAGAUGCAACCAAUGCCCUCGGCCUGUCAGGGUCACCUGUGGGUUUACGAAGGAUUUGGAUCAGGCAAAAAAUUAAUAGGAAAUCUAUGUGAAGGAGAUUCACCUUCAUUAAAAUCUCAUGGUCCUCUUAUGAUGUUGAUUUUCACAUACAAUUCUGAUAAUGUGAGAAAUGUUGUAUGGAGAACACAAAGAAGAUUUGCAUCAAGUUCAAAUUAUGUAAGUGAAAAUUCUGUGAAAGGAAAAAUUAAUGGUAAAGAGGAUAAAGGAGGAUGUCCAGUAUUGGAUUUGAUUCCAGUUAGUUCUACUGAGAUCACAUCUCCCAAUUACCCUAACAUUUAUCCUAACAUGCUGAACUGCACUUGGACUUUUUAUUCUAUGUCAGGAAAUAAAAUGAAAGCAGUGAUUAAAGGCUUUAUAACAGAAGAAUCUUGGAACUGUGAAUGGGAUUACUUUAAUAUUUAUGACGGACCAGAUCAGCAAUCAAGAUUACUUGGGCUAACAGUAGAAAACAAUACCAGAAGACAGCCAGCCCAAGACAAAUGUGGAAUUCCUGUUGUUGACCCAUUUCUCAUGGAAGGAUCUGAGAGGAAUACAAACGUGUUGCCAGCCAAGCUUGGGAAGCCCAGGGUGGUUGGUGGCCAUGCCGCCCCUGCGAUGUCGUGGCCCUGGCUGGUCAGUCUGCAGUACCAAGGACAGCAUUACUGUGGAGAAGAUGAAUUUCCUAAAACUGUGCAGCAGGCAAAGGUACCACUGAUUAGUAGUACAUCUUGUCGAAGCUACUGGGGACUGGAUAUUAAAAACACCAAUAUAUGCGGAGGGGCUGCAGGAUCAUCGUCCUGUAUGGUAAUGAAGGCCUGCAUUGAUGAGGGCAGGAGUUUUCUUCUCAGUGUGUCUCAUGAAUGGGUGUUUGCUGACCAUAAAAAGCCUCGCCUUGAAAAUGUAGAUUUUGAUCUGAUUCAGAGAUCUAUAACAUCAGCCAUCUACCUCAGUGGUUGUAGUUCCCUAUGCUGUUAUGAGCAGAAAUCAGGGAUGAGAGUGACUUACAUACUGUCGGAUCAUCUCCUGCAGUUGUGGGGAGAUUCUGGAGGACCACUGCAGUGUGCCCAGGACGGGCAGUACAAGCUCAUCGGUAUUGUGAGCUGGGGCAGCAGUAAUUGCCAUCCUGCCGCACCAACGGUCUUCACCAGAAUUUCUGCUUAUAGAGACUGGAUCACAUCUGUCACUGGAGGAGAAGCAUGA